GCAGGAGAGCUUAAGCGAGAGCUUGCAACGCGGCAAAACUGAGUACUUGCGGUCUGUCUGAUGGAGCCUUCUCAUUCAGAUAUGCCAUGCCCCGGAGGAAAGAAGUCCCAUGUGUGUGAUGUGUGUGGAUACGCUAGCUCCAAGCUAGGUGCUCUCAAGGUACACAUGCGCACUCACACGGGACAGAAGCCGUAUAGGUGUGAUAUGUGUGAAUACAUGUGUACGAAUUCCAGUGCUCUCAAGCUACACAUGCGCACUCACACAGGAGAGAAACCAUUUACAUGUGACAGAUGUGAAUACAAGUGUACAUCUUCUAGUGCACUCAAUGCACACAUGCGCACUCACACAGGAGAGAAGCCCCAUGUUUGCGAUAUAUGUGGACAUAAGUUUGCUGAACGUGGUAACCUCAAGAUACACAUGCGCAUUCACACAGAAGAGAAGCCAUAUAGGUGUGAUUUAUGUGAACACAGGUUUGCUCAGUCUGGUGAUCUUAAGACACACAUGCGCACUCACACAGGAGAGAAGCCAUUUACAUGUGACAGAUGUCAAUACAAGUGUACAUCCUCUAGUGCACUCAAUGCACACAUGCGCACUCACACAGGAGAGAAGCCAUUUACAUGUGACAUAUGUCAAUACAAGUGUGCAUCCUCUGGUGCCCUCAAGAUACACGUGCGCACUCACACAGGAGAGAAGCCAUUUACAUGUGACAGAUGUCAAUAC